GCCCGUUGCAAGCUGCAAGGAUCAACCUGUAGCUCAACACAUUGCAAACUGCACCUCCAGUGAUAUUCCCUGAACUAGACGGCCUGUAUGGGAGCAUCUUCGCCUUUUUUCUAAACGCUGAAGACAACAAUGUCGCAAUUAGAGCUUCUGGGCACUACGUUGUUGGACCAUGUUCACAAGGGUCCAAAUCAGGCCGGAAACAAGAGUUUACUAGCUUACAAUAGCUUAGUUGGCAUUCCUGGAUACACUGGCUACAUAUCAAGUGGGGCCACUCUAUCGCUGCCGGUAAAAGGCUUCGACCACACUGGCCGGCCAGCGUCGACGAAGGCUGCAGAGCAGCUGGCGAUAAAAACAGUGGACCCCAGGAAAACGUCAACGUACGGGGACGACUUCCUGAAAGCCCCCAGCGACACACAGCUGCCCUCCAAAACCGGCGGCGGCUACUGGAUCUCGGAUCGAACCCUCCCAGGCGCCGUGCCCUUCAUCGCCACCACCACAUACCGGGCUGAAGUCCUGAAGGGUGGAGACACAGCCGCAGCCCAGCUGGGUCGCUCCGAAGGCCUAGCAUGCACCCUGGUGGGCUAUGAAGCCGCUCGCCAAGCGGGCGAGAUGCGUCGGAGCAUAAGCGCUGAUCCACGGCUCCGAGCGGAGAUGACUGCACGCGGCAUUGGCACCCAAACCGUGCCGCGACCGGGGAGCGGCGGGAGUAUCCUAGACAGCCCGGCCAAGGCGGCGGCGGCCGCCGCUGCCGCGGCGGCGUCACCGCAGGCUUCGAGCAGCGUGUUUGCAUCCUCAUCACGACGACCGGCGACGGUACCCACCUCAGCUAACGAACUGCCUGGUUAUCAGACCACGUAUGGAAGCAUGACGGAUAAGACGUCGCGCAUGGCGGCAGAAUUCAUGCUCGCCGGCCCAUCGGAGGGCCCCAUGGGCGACCCACGGUUCAAGGUGCUCCCGAGAGUGAUGAACCCGGGUGCUAGCCGUACGUACAGCACCUAUGCAGCGGACUACGGCUUGGAAGGUCACGACCCAAUGAGCCGCCAGGCGCCGAACCGCGACGUCAUGAAGCGGCUAUCCACCACACGCGAUCUAGCCCAUGGCACGACCCGAAACGUCUGCCACAUUCCUCGCUACACAGGCCACAUCCCAGCCUCGCAAUACGCCACCCCUGAAGGCGCCAAGCAUGGCGAGGCAGUCGAGCCGCGGCCCGACCAUAAAGCCCGAUCUCUGCCGUACGCCCUGGAUCAAUACCCGCGCGGCCGGUUGCCUGGCUACACGGGUUUCAAGCCGCAGGCCCCGUGCAAUGUCAACACCAACCAUACGGUCAAGAUUCCCUCGGUGGUUACAGCGUCUGGGGAGCAGGGGCUGGCGGUGACGCGGGGCGGUGCGCUGCCGCUGGACCGGGAACACCACAUCAACACCAAUGAGGGCAUCAUGUCGUUCUUCACCAACUCCCACGCCGGCACGGAGUUUGUGUCUGAUAACGGUCUCGCUAACGCGCACUUGUACUUCAAGCAAGCCAAGAGCCAAGGCAAGCUGGGCAUCCGCACGUCUCAGCCCAGCAAGCUCACAGUGUACGGAGCGCCCUUCCGGCCCGCAGCGUCCAUGGUGUAGCGCGGCCCGUGCUCGGGCGCCAGGGGCGCUUAGUCUUGCUUGUCUUGGGGGCGUUGCUUAAGGAUGCUCCAGCGAAGGAAAAGGCUUCUAGGAGGAGAGCCAGGAGGCUGUCAUGUGGCAGGUUGACCGGCUUACUCGGCAUCCUCAAGGCGCGUGACCUGCGUCUGGUGAGAGGGCAGACAAGUGGGCUUGGUAGGGGUAGGGGUUUCUGGCUUGUUGAGUGAGGUAUUGUGGGCGGGCAUGUGGCAUCGUUGCCAAGCGUGAGGCAUGCAUGGAUGUUGGGGCUCAGUUGGUGCCCCAUACAUGUGGGUGAUCCCCUUACCCCGCAUGGACACUCUUGCCGUUCCUACGGCAGGGGAGCUGUGAACCUGAACGUACGAUGUAUUAUGCUGUGGUGUCAGGGUGGCGUGAUUCGUUUUGCUGGGGACCCGACAAAGUGUUGCUGCUUUUGACGCUCAACGGCAGCUCUUCUGUUGCCAUUCAGGGUGGGCAGUUAACGUCGUUAAGUUGGCUUAUUACUGGCAUUCACGCCGCUUCCUUGCUGCGGUACUCCUGUCACAUGCUAGGCUAGCAGGCACCCAUGCAGCCGCCUCGGGGCGGUGACUGCUCUUUUCUUGCGGGUAGUUAAGAUUUGAUCAGGGUUAUAACGAACAAUGCUAAGGCACGUCAGGAGGCGCGGGCUUUGGAGAAGGAGGCUACGGGCUCUAGGGGGUUCAAGAAGGAAAUGCAGCGGUGCUUGCAGGCUAUUACGGUGCUGGAAUAGAGCAUCUACAUUGCGAUCGCGGCAGGCUGACGGUAGGUUGUGACGCUUUCACUUUUACAGGUUGGCAGCGUGUGGGGAUGUGUAUUGUGUGGGGAAUUACCAUCGUACGGGAGGGCUGUUGUGCGGGGCGAAUGCAGGGUUGGCUGACAGGCGUGCAGUACUUCUGAAGUCGAGACCGGAUAUAUGACAGCUGGAAUGUCAUGUCCUGCUUUUUAUUACAGCAAGGUCUAAUGUAAGC